GCCCGCGUCAAAGGAGACGCGAAGCGCGAACUUGCAAGACUGCACACUCGCAAUCGCUUCGCGACGCGAUUCGCUCACGAGUCGGUUAAUCUGUCCUUCUAUGGCGGCUACUUGGUUAUAUUGGGUGCGAACUUGAUCAACCAAAAAUCAAUUUGAUAGUUCCCAGUUUGAAUCAGUGCCUUGCCGCAAACUAAAUCCGAUCAGCUGACGCUUCGGCGCCAUCUUGCCGCGAACCAAACUGCGAAAUCGCCGUGAAGUUGUGCGAGUAUUUCCAUUCUCUGUGCAACUGACUGUGACAGUUACCGUUAUCUUUGUUAUCUCAGACGUCAUUCUAGGAGCACGAAAAAAGUUAAAAUAUUUUCUAUAUUUAUAGUUUUCUAAUACUUAUUGGGACCUCCAGUUAUUCUAAAUUAUAAAGUAGCAAAAGUAGUUAUAAGUGUAUAUCAAAUGCAUUAACAAGACUAAACGAUGGGAAACUCUGGCUUAAAGCAACAUUACGAUAUUGCAUCCAAAACGGGUGUUUUGCAAAUAUCGGAUCAUAAAUUAAAAGAUAUACCGGUAGAAGUUCUCAGUUUGAGUGAUAUUUUGAGGAACUUAGAUUUAUCCAAAAAUAAGUUGGUACAUUUGCCGGAUGAUAUAAGCAAGCUGAAGAAUUUAAAACAACUUAAUGUCGAGUCUAACAGAUUAGAAACAUUGCCUAACUCGAUAGCGAAUCUGAAGAAAAUGGAGUUAUUCAACGCUUCUAACAAUGUGUUAUUAGAAUUGCCAUCGUCCUUCUCAAACUUAAGUAACUUGAAGCAAAUCUACCUAAACAAUAACAAUUUCAAGCAGUUUCCAAUACAACUACUGGGGCUGAAGAAUUUGGAUGUUGUAGAGCUUUCUCACAACAAGAUUACAGGGAUACCUAGUGGCAUGUCUCAAUUAUAUGCGGCUGAACUGAACUUGAGUCAAAAUGAGAUUUCAUUCAUCAGUGAAGACCUCCACCAGGCACCAAGGUUAAAAAUCUUGAGAUUGGAAGAGAACUGCUUGAGCCUAGAUGCAAUUAGGCCAAGUUUGUUGCGGGACUCCAAGAUCCAUACUGUAAACUUAGACGGCAACCUUUUUGAGUCUAAGCAGCUGGCUUCUAUGGAAGGCUACAAUGAAUACAUCGAAAGAUAUACUGCAAUGAAGAAAAAAAUGUUUUAAAUGUCUUUCAGUGUAUUGAGCUAGUAUCUUUGAUUUUGUUAGUAUAGCACAGGUUUUAUAAUGCACUUUACACAAACUGAAUUCAACUACAUUAUGUUAUUGUCAUCACUCACACUUAGGUUUCUAUGACUCCUUCAAAAAGCUGCUUCAGUGCCCUCAAAGUUACACUCUCUGUUUAAAACUUAAGUUAAACUAAUAUCUAAGUCUGGUCUAGAUUUUGUUGCUAAAAAUUAGUAUGCAAAGAAAAUAGAUACAUUGUAAACUCUAUAUAGUAUCACUCAAAAGACCAGUACCCCUAGUGUAAAUAAAUUCGAUUUCCAAACGUGACGUACGCAUUUGCGUUUAGUCUCAUUUUGUAUUGGAUUUCGAAAGAGCGCGCCAAGCGGGACGUUUUGGAAACUCAAAAUCCUAUACAAAAUGAGACUUAACGCAAACGCGUUCGUCACGUUAUGAUGUCGAUCAAAGUUACACUAGGGGUACUGGUGUUUUUUGACACUAUAGAGAGUUUUCGUUUUAUAGAAAUAAAUUAUUAUUAAAGUAAAUCAAAUAUAGCCAACAAAUGUCGACUUUAUAGGGAGUGAAUUGUUAUAUUGAGUGACGAUAUAUGGAGUUUUCAUCACACUUGCUCGAAAAAGAUCUUAUGCAGGUGGGCUAAAGGACUAAGGCCUAUUUUGUUCCCGCAGGAGUUAUGGAUUGUGAAAAAAAAGCUAUCCCUAGGGAGUCAUAGCUUUUUUCUUCAAUUAUGUCACUUAUUCAUACAAACCAAGUAGCAUAUAUGACUUUUACUUUUAAAAUACUGACAUUAAUAAUUUAAUAUUUUUACAUAAUUUUCAAUCGUGGCUGAAUACCAAAUAGGUCUGCACCUUCGAUGCCUCACCUGUCAAGAAAUUAAAAAAUGGCAGACAAAUGUUUGAUAUGUCACCAUAUUUAAGAAUUAUUUCGCUUAAAGUUUAGUUGUUUCUUGGCAAGUGUGAUGAAAACCAUCAUGUGUAACUCUGGGGGGUAAGAAUAUUGCAAACUCGGGUCCCUUGUAUCCAAAAUUUCACUUACCCCUAGUUGCACAAUGUACUAUUACACUGUAUAUACCAGAUAGUUUUGUAAAACUUUUACUUGCUCUCACUUCUCUAUAUAUCAAUGGCUGGGUUCAUGUGGGUCUUAAUAAUUAUGUUAACUGAAAAAAUGUACAGUAACAAUCUGAACCUUUUUUUUAUUAUUAUUAAAGCUUUAUUUGUUCUACAGUCAGAUUGUUGUUAUUUGUUUUUUUAUUUCUUUAACUUUGUUUUGGGGCUGACUGCAGAUCCCAUCUGCUGGGUGAAAGCCUCCUCACGUUUUCUCCACUCAUCCCAGUCUUGGGCUUUUUGGAGCCAGUCUUUUCCUGCGACCUUUUGGGCCUUCUUUGGAGCCUCCGUCCUGCCGGUCCGGUCCAUUUUGUUGCUACUAAUGUUCAUCUUUUGUCUUUAUAUCUGGCUACAUGACCUGCCCAUUGCCAUUUUAGAUGAAGAGCUUGUUGAAGAGCGUCCGUAAGUUUGGUCUUCUGAACCUUACCGCUUUGUAUUAUUAAACCGCAAUCAGAAUAUGAUUUGGCACAUGUCAUUUACUGUCAAUGGUAGAGUGUGCAGAUAAAUGAAAAUACUUAUUUCGGCUUGGAAAAAACAUGAAAUUCAUUAUAUUUUUCGUUAAUUUAGUUUUAUUUGAAUAAUUAAUGGAAUGAAUAUUCCACAAUUCAUAUUUUAUAGAGAGAUAAUUGGACAGUGUUAUGAAAUAACUAAUAAGCGAUCAAGCGACAGUUAGUUGAAAUCGAGAAAAUGAGCUCGAAAGAUUUGAAAUUUGAAUCAGUUAUUGUAAGUUCAUUUUUUAAGCAAAAAAGUUAAUUUUCAUAUUCAUAUUCAUAAUUUAAAUAAAUUAAAAAAAUAACACCAUACCUAUUCAAGUUUCGAAGUUAUUCAUGUUUUUCCCUUUGAUACUUUAUUGCACUAAUACUGCGAUGAGGUUAAUUUAUUUCGUCGUAGCGAACUAUGAGACAUAUAUUGUCGCUUGAUUCUUUAAUGCAAAUUGUUAGAGGUGAAGUGAAUAAUGGAAUAAAAUAAAAUUCCAUAAAUUUGAGUAAAUAGUUAUAUUCUAAAUAAAUCAACAACAAUGUUUUCCUCCACAAUGAUUAGGACUAAUCCGUCUAACAAUUUAGUUUUGUACUGCAAUCAACUUUUUUUAUAAAUGUCAAAAAAAUCAGCAUAAAUGGCAGAAUUGGCGUUCUAAUUAAUAUUAAUUCAUUAUUACUAGCCAGGAUUACACACAUUAUAAUAUAACAACUUAGUACGUAACAACGUACUUAGUUCUCAUUAAGCGAAAUAUCCUGCAAUUUAAAAUAUGUAACAAGGAAUUAAACGACACCAUAGGGCGGUUAAAUCGAUAUUGCGUUAAUAAAUCAUUAAAACGUUAAACCAAAACGAAUUAACAACAUCUUUAUGGCGUUUAACUCGUUUUUGCGAUUUAGAAUAUACGCUUAUUAUAAUUUGUAAAAGUAAAUUGGCGUUCAAUUCGUUUUUACGUAACGAGUUAGUGCAUAGGGCUAUACAUAUUUUAACGUGUCGCUUGAUUCUACCCCUUAAAAUAAGGCUGUAAGCAUGAUUUUUCCACAAAGAAAUAGUCAAUAUUAUUGAUUAUCACAUUUAUAUCCGACCUGCAUUCAUAACUUUUUUUUCGGAUUUUGGCGCUUAGUUCGCUAUUCCAUAACACUGUCCAUUAGUGAUAUAACGGACACAGUUGCACCAUAAGGGUUUUUGGAACGGAACCCCUGACUGUUUAUUGUUGCCAUUAUCUACUAGAGCCUAUGUAAUCCUCAUUGUUCACGCCAUUUCGAAAAAUUUGGCGCGAGAUUUGGCGUUCUUAGGUUAUAACUUUAUUACAUGGAGAUGACAGAUGACUCCUGUCACCCUACCCAUCGAGUUAUAAAUAUUAAUUAAAGCUUAAUAUAACAUGAUCUGAACAUGAUGGGUAGUUAAUUUGAUAAAAAAAUAUAAGUAUAUAAAUUAUACUGUACAGUAAUCAAUUGAGAAAUGCAAACCGCCGAGCCCAACUGAACUGGGAAUGCUUCGCUCGAUUUUGCUUGAUCAGUCAAUAAUUAUCUGGGCUUGCAGUAUGAAUGUUAUUAUCAUAGAUUGACUUAUGACUAUAAUUAUAAAUAAUGUUGUGCUAACAGUACUUUUGAAUCGUGUUCUGAUUUUGGUUGAGUAAUAAUAUAGACUUGCCGUGACUCAUAAUUGGGGCAUGAACAGUGAACAUGUUAGUAUUAUUUAGUGAUGUUUAUUACUAUGUAACAGUCAUUUACACUUAUAAAUAAUUAUAGAGUAAUUUAUUUAUUGUAUUAAAUGUGAUGUUUCAAGGGGA